CUCCUGUCACGACUUCAUUUGUGAUCGCUUUGCAGCCGGGACAGACAGGGUGGGAUCCCAACUCUCCCUUAUAUGUGGGGUACUUAUUUAUUAGCAGGAUGUCGGACGCUGAGAACUCGAGGAACAACGCCGCCACCGCACGGGCCAGGAAAUCCCGCGCAGUGUCCGACCUCAGCCUGCAGCAGAUCGAGCACAAGCGGGACUUGGACCGCAGGGCGCAGCGCGCACUGCGUCAGCGCACAAAGGGACGCAUCCAGGAGCUCGAGGAGGCCCUAUCCCAGGCGCAAACGGCACGAGCCGCCCAUGACCACUCCCUCGAGACUGAGUUGCGGCGCCUGCGCGAAGAGAAUCAUCAUCUUAAGGCUCGGCUCAACAGCAUCGCUCGUUAUGCCCGGCACGGGGCCUGUGGAGGGACAGAUGUCGGUGCGGAUAUUGACAUUGAGAUCGGGAUCUCGGCUGGAGAAAUGAUUCGUCGACGCAGUCCGGCUGCAGCCACCCCCUCUCCUCUCGAAGUCCAUCUGUCGACCGAGGAACAGAGGGGGGAGAGGCAACGGGGUGCCGUCCAGAGAGAUACAACACUUCGGCAGGCACCAGAGCCUAAUUUGACGGAUACCAUGAUCUCCCAAGGCAGGAUCUCACGAGAACCGUCAAUAUCAACAUCAACCCAAGGUGAACUCCCUCAACCUGCGCACGCGGAAGAUUUCCGCGACGGGCAGGAGAGGGUCCGUCGCUACGACCCCAUCACAGACUCGUACCCAUUAGGCCAGCCCAGCGACCCGGGAUACUCGACGGUAAACCAUGUCUCACCCCCCGACAAUUCCGCUCAACCGUCAUCCGUCAGCACAGGCUAUCACCACCUUAUCGCUUCUCCCGGCGAUGCUGGCUCUUUCGGGUACCAGUCACAAGUCAGCACCACACCACAUCCUGGCGAAAUUCCCAGGCCCUCGGUCCCUUCAGCGCAAUCGCAGUCACCGGCUCUAACUUCCGGGGGCUCCGAAAGAAUCCCAUCUCCAACCCCAAGUUCCCAAGUUAGCCGGAUGAGCUCGAUAUCCUCUGUUCUGCCCAAACACACAGCGUCGACCUGUCCCUUGGACCAUAUCCUGCUCGACUUCCUGGCUGCGCGGCGAGCGAUGCAAAAAGCCGGAACCGCGGCAGAGAUACUUGCGGGCCCCGAGAGAGUCUCAGUUCAAGCGAUGCUUCGACCGGAACAAGCUUCAGCCGUGCAUCCUGUUAGUCGGGUAAUGGCCGAGGUUCUACUGACAUUCUCACACGUCAGCCUACCAGAGAAAGUUGCCUUCAUGUAUCUUAUGCAUUGCACAAUGCGGUGGCAGAUAUCGCCCACAAAAGAGUCGUACGCUCUCUUGCCACAAUGGCUUCGUCCUACUGCCGCGCAGAUUGCAGUGCCUCAUGCGGCCUGGAUUGAUAAUAUUCCCUGGCCGCGCGUUCGAGAUAUGUUGAUUGAAUAUCCAGAAAAGUAUCCUUUUGAAGCCUUCUCCAGUGUUUACUCGCAGUCAGUCACGGUCAACUGGCCGUAUGACACCAGCGAUGUUGUUUCUCAGGUCGGGGACGAGACUUUGCUGAACCUCAUCUUCGAGAAGCAUGUGCGGAUGCUCAGCAACUGGACCGUUGGCCCUCAUUUCCGCGAGUUUUACCCCGAAAUGGUGGACCAUGUAUAUCGUCGGGAUUAAGGAGCAGUUUGGGUCUGUCAGAGUUGUUGCGCAUUUUGGAUUGGCGUUGAUGCAGAAGAGGUAGUAGUGGUGUAGGUUAUUGAGUCCAGUUCAACCUUCAACCUUCAACGUUGUUCAUGGGGAACGGAACGGAGUCCGGACAUUGGGGGGGAAGGAGAAGCGGAUGCGGAGCUGGGUCCAAGAUGUUUUCAAAUAUCUUAAGAUAGCCACAAUAUCAUUGCCCUUG